AUGAGCUGCUCCUUCUGCGACUGCCCGGAGGGGUGGGAAGGGGUCGACUGCGGGCGGUGCUCCAGCGUUUCCGUCUGUCCGGACAAGACCAUCAACGGAACUCUUGUGUCGGCGACCAACUGCAGCUCCUCCUCUCUCAUCCCUACGGCCGAGGAGUCUCAACAAGAGAACGGAAAGGUUUUAUCUUGUUCGUUGGGUGGCGGCGGCGACGCCUUCACUGCUGCCCUGCGCGAGUUGCAGCCGGACACGUGGGUGGAGUUCACGAUCAAGGGAUCCGGGACGGCUGAGUCUCUCGCCGUCAUGACCUUCACAGGUGAUUUUUUUCCACAAGGCUACCAAGACACUGCUGGUGACGGACUGUGUGAUCUGCAUCCCGAGAGAUCCCCCAGCAAUCAUCGGGGUCGAGGGUCUUCUGCAGGCCGCGGCCGACGAGGGAGAAGAGCCCAGACCAGAUUCUCCGGAGAACCGAAGACAGGGGUGGGCGAAGAUGUGCCUCCAGGUGCUAUUUUUAGGCCCGGCGCUGCCCUCGACCUUCGGCGUGGUCUCCGAGAAGCUCGUCGUGUCGCCGGUUCUCCGAACGCUCACGCUCAAGAGUUUGCCGGCACGGAGACGAUGAUCCGGGAAGCCUGGCCCGGGGAGCAUGAUUUCUACUAUCCGGUUAUCUACGAAGGGGCGGCUACCGACUGUACGGUUAGUGGAGGGCCGUGUCUUCCCGUUGCGGACACCGAUAUCGGCGAACAGACGUGCAUUCGGUACGACUGCGAGGACACGCAAGGGAGUUGCCCGCCCGAGGGGUAUCCGGUCUGUGACGGCUUCCCGGAGUGCGUCAGCGAUUCCGGAGAUGAGUAUCAGGUGCACACGUGCACCGGAGCUCCGGCCAGCGACAAGGCGUUGACCAUCGCUUGCCAAGACCAGCAGGUUGACGGGACCUACAUCUGCUGGUACCAGCAGCCCGGAGAGUUCGCACCGCUCUCGUUGACCUGCUCCGUAGGAUCCUGCCUCUACGAGGGAGGCGAGGAGGUGCCGAUCGAGGACACGGUGGUGGAAGAACCGCCCCUGGGCACGUCGGAGCAGUCGAUCAUCCUCAUCGCCGGAGCGCUGUUGCUCCUGCUCCUGUUCUGCCUGUUCGCCCUCGCCACAGACUGGGGCUCCGCGCGGAAGGACUCGAAGAGCUGCUGCUUUUCCAAGUCCAGGAACGUCGGGGGGUGGGAGGGGGGACCGGCGAUAGGAGGAGUCGCUGCUAGCAGCAGCGCGGCGUUUGGCGGCGAGCAGAAGGCUGCCGCCGGUGAUGAUGAUGGCGUGGCGGUGGCGGCGGCGGGGGCAGCGGUGGCUGGAGUCGGGGUGCCCCCGGCCGCCCCAACCCCGGCGCCGUCGCCGGCCGUGCUGGAGUGGAAGAACCUGAGCUACUCGGUGGCGGUCAAGACCCGCGGCAGCGACAGCGGAGGAGGAGGCGUUUUCGCCGCUCUUGCCAGCGGGUGCCGUUACCCCGAGCUGCCGGUGUUGUCCCGGGUGUCGGGAUUUGCCGGACCGACCGCCGCAGCUGGGACGUAUCCAGGCGGCGACGGCGCCGCCUCUUCCGUUGUCAGCGGUGGGAGGCCGCUAUCGAUGUCUUCGAACUUGUCGGGCGCAUUCUUGGACGGAAGGGCCGGGUUCCCCGCCCGUUCGGCUUCUGCUACCUCGACGGACGUUGCCGUCGCCGAUACCGGAGCAGCAGCAGCGGCGGCGGCGGCGGCGUUCUCCGGCAACCAGCCGGCAGGCUGCUGGGCAACAACAACAACAAGCACGCUCACCGGUAUCCUGGGGCCUUCGGGGGCAGGAAAGUCUUCCCUGCUGGACAUCCUCGCCGGACGCAAGCGGUCCGGCGAGGGCCGCGCGUCGGGCCACGUUUCCGUGAGCCUGGACGGCCGGGGGGGGCGAGGGGGCCCCGAAGACAUCAGACGGGUGGCCGGGUACGUACCCCAGGAGGACGUCCUCCCGGGGACCCUGACCUGCUACGAGCACCUCAUGUUCCACGCUAGGUUGAGGAUGCCGAGGAAAGCCAGCCACGCGGAGCGGCGGGAGCGGGCGCUGGCGGUGCUGGCGGAGCUGGGGCUUAGCCGCGUCGCGGACUCGCGCGUCGGGGACGCCCGGAAGAGGGGGCUGUCUGGAGGGGAGAAGAGGAGGCUGUCGAUCGCGGCGGAGCUGAUGGCGGGACCGCCGUUGCUGUUCCUGGACGAGCCCACGACGGGGUUGGAUGCCGCCACUGCCCUUAGGGUGAUGGUUCUCCUUAGGGGGGUCGCCUCCCGGGGCACUACGGUCUUGUGCAGCCUCCACCAGCCGCGUCCCCGGGUGCUCAACCUCCUGGACAACGUCAUGCUCCUGUCCCGCGGCAAGGUGGCCUACUUCGGCAGCCCGCAGGGGUCCGAGUCCUACUUCUCGUCCGUGGGGCGGCCGUUCCCCGCCGAGCAGCCUCACCCGGCCGACGCCAUGCUCACGCUCUGCUGCAGGGAGGACGGCGGGGCUCUCCCGGCCCUGUUCGAGCGGUGCGCCUUCGUGGAGAACGGUGUCUACUGCGUGCCGUCGGCGGCGACCGCGGCGUUUCUUAGGGCCGGCGAAGGUGGUUGUGUUGGUGGCGCGGAGGAACCCGGGAGCGGGAUGUCUUCCAGCCGGCAGUCUUUACGUCGGGACGGUAGCCAGCACAGGGACUUGGAGGCGCAGAGCGUGGCCGGAGCGGCGGGGGGGCGCCAGGAUGAUGAGGAAGAGGAAGAGGAGGCGCCGUGGCUGGAUUGCUGCGCGGAGGGUAAGGACAGGCGGCGGCGCACCCCCACCGCGGGCUUCCUGGUCCAGACGGAGGCGCUGUGCAGGAGGCUCUUGCUGCGCGCGGCGAGGCACCCGCUGCUGCUGCUGCUCCACUUCGGCGGGGCCGUGGCCAUGGCGGCGUGCCUCGGCACCAUCUUCCAGGGGAGGCUGGGGUUCACGCUGGACGGGGCGCAAAGCAGGUUCGGAGUCCUGUUCUUCCUGCUCCUGUACCUCUCCCUUCUUUCCCUCACGUCGCUGCCGGUGUGGCGGGAAGACCGAAGACUCUUCCUCUCCGAGUCCAUGGGGGGAGCGUACGGCCACUUCCCCUACUUCCUGUCCGUAGCCCUCGCCGACGUCCUGCUGGUGCGGGUGGUCCCGCCGCUGGCGUUCGCGGUGCUGGCGUACCCGCUCAUGGGCCUCAACGACUACGGAGAUGGGAAGUGGACCCUCGUUUGGUUCUCCGUUAUUUUGGUGCUAGCUAACGUGGCCGUGGCCCUGGCGGCGAUGGGCAUCGGAGCCCUUGGCCUGGCCCUCGACCUCUCCAACAUUCUGGGGGGAUCGAUGGUGCUGAUCUUCGCCCUCUUCAGCCGCUUCUUGCUCAACGGGAGUCGCAUUCCCGAUCGUUGGCAGUGGCUGAGCAAGGUGACCCCCCUGGGGCACGCGUACGAGUCGCUUCUGGUGAACGAGUUCAACGAUCCCUUUGGCGCGAGACAGUACACCAUCGUGGCCGAGAGAUGCUCCCCAGAGCUGCCCGAUAUCACGCCCCUGGGAUCGACCAUCCUCGAAACCUUCAACUUCGACCCGUCCCUCUCCAACAUGCGCGAGGGCGUGGCGACGCUCUCGGUGAUAGCGCUGGCCUUUGGGGUGUUGAGCUUCUUGCUUUUCUACGUCUUCACAAGGACGAGCCCCCUGCGCCUGCGCAAGUCGGACGGCGGCAGGCGGCGGAGCUCCUUCCGCCCGCUCUCGGCCACCUUCGGAGGAAACCCCUCCCUCGGCGACGCUACCACCACCAGCAACUCCUCCUCCAACCUCCUGCACGCCCCCGUAACAGCGACGGCAGCAGCCGCUGGCGCAAAGUCCACCGGACCGAACGGGAACGGUGUGGCGGCGGGGUCGGCCGCUGUCUCGUCGCAGGACGCGGCAGAGAAUCACGGCAUUCCUCCUAGCGGUGGCGGCGACGGCGGCAGCGGUGCGGCAUCGCUAUCCGCGGGGGGCGGAGGUCGUAACAACGGCGGCGACAUCGUCCAGCCGAUCUUGCUGUCGUGGGAAGACAUCGGUGUGCCCCUACCCGGAGGCGGUAAGGGCGGGGCCCCCGCUGCCGCCGCCAUCUUGAACGGCGUCUCGGGGUUCGCUGGUCCCGGCACCGCAGCUAGUAACGGGAACGCUUCUCCCUCCGCCGCCGCUCCGGCAUGGUCCGGCAGCGUUACCGCCAUCAUGGGCCCCUCCGGCGCGGGGAAGACGACCCUCUUGAACGUUUUGGCCGGACGGAUGCAUCGCCUCGGGAAAAAGAACAACGGCGGCCGUGUCACCGGAGCCGUCCGGAUCAACGGCAGGGCGGUGACGGCCGCGGAGGUCCGCGGCGUCUCCGGCUACGUUACCCAGGAGGACGUGCUUCCCGAGACACUGACCUGCUUCGAGCACCUCAUGUUCCACGCCGAGCUGAGAAUGUCGACGCCGGAGGGGGUGACGGGGGCCUGCGGGUGCGGGGGUGGGGGUGGGCGGCGACGUCAUCGGGCCUCGCAGGAGGAUAGAAAGCAUCGAGUGCUGCAGGUGCUCCGAGAGUUACGGCUAGAGGACGUUCGUGACUCUCGCAUCGGAGGCGGACUGUCGCGGGGUAUCUCUGGGGGAGAAAAGCGGCGCCUCUCGAUAGCCACGGAGCUCCUGACCUGCCCGGGCCUUCUGUUCCUCGACGAGCCCACGACGGGACUAGAUGCCUCCACGGCGCUGACGACGAUGCAGCUCCUCUCCGACCUGACCUCCUCCCGGGGCAUGACCGUGCUCUGCAGCCUUCACCAGCCCCGACCCCAGGUCUACGACUCCCUCGACCGCGUCCUCCUCGUCUCCCGAGGCUCCAUCUCCUUCUUCGGGCCGCCGGCAUCGACGCAGGCUUACUUCGCAUCCCUGGGGCGCCCUCUUUGGGGGGGGGGGGGCGAGGUUGGGGCAAGGGACGGAGCGGUGGGUCUGGCGGACGCUAUGCUGGACGUCGUUGGUGACGCGGAAAUAGCGGAGGACAGUGGGAAAGGCGGAGCAGGGGGACUGCUGGUGGUUAUGCCUCGCGAGGAGCUGGUGGCGAAGGUCCGAUGCGCCGAGUCCGCGGCCCCGCCAUCGUUAGGACAGAAGCUUCUCGCUUGGGCCCCGCCGGUCACCACCCAGCUGCGAGCGCUAAUGGGCCGCGCCGUUCGCGACGUCGCCCGCGACCCCUACCUGGCGACGCUGCACUUGGUGCUGACGCCCUUGGUCGGACUGCUCGUGGGUUCGCUGUUCGGCGACUUGAGGCGUGACAACGACCAGACCGCGGGGAUACAGGGCCGCCUGGGAGUGAUCUUCUUCCUCCUCCUCCUCCUCUCCUUCCUCUGCCUCACCUCCCUGGCCUCCUGGGUCCGACAGAUGUCGCUCUUCCGACACGAGCGCGAGUCUGGUGCCUACGGCGCCGCGGCCCACCUCGCCACCUCCUUCCUCGCCGACGCCCUCGUCUGCCGCGUUCUUCCCCCGGUCCUCCUGGCGGCGACCGUGCGCCCCCUCGCCGGCCUGCGCUACGGCAGCCUGCCGGACCUCUGCGUCGGGCUGGUCGUGUUCAACGUCGCGGUGGCGGCGGUGCUGGCGGCGUGCGGAGCGGGAGCGAGGUCGCCGCAGGAGGCCCUGGCGAUGGGGUGCCUGUUCGUGCUGUUCUCGGCGCUGCUGUCGGGGUUCCUGGUGGCGAGGGAUGAUCUGCCCGGGGUCUGGGGGGGGCUGCUGUGGGCCUCGCCCAUCGCCCACGGCGAGUACGGCGCACUGUUCACGCUGACGACCGUCAUCAGCGGAGUGACGGCGUCUGUAGGCCCUCUUUCCGGCGACAACAUCCUCAGCUGCUUCGGGUUUGAGAACGGGCGGUUCUCCUUGGACAUGGGGUUGCUGGUCGCCAUCGGGGGCGCGGGGCUGCUGUUGGCCUACGCCUUACUGAAGCGCGCGUGAGGGAGUAGUAGUGAGAAUUUCGCCGCAUUUGUGUGGCUGGCCGGCUCGCUCGCUGGCCAACGUGUUCUUUCUCGGCCGAGAGGGAGCUUUUUUUUUUUUCGUUCUUGUGAUGAUGGCAUGGACAUGUUUGAAGAUUUAUUUGGGUAGGAAACCAGUUCACAGCUUUGCGCGUCGUCGGCCUUGUUGGCAUCCGGGCCGUGUGCAUCCGUGUGCCUGCCCAUAGAGCGUGCGCGACAUUGUUGUCUGAAGUCGCGACGCCGGCGGAUCUGGCGUGUGUGGGGGGGGGGGUAUGUCCAGAUGUCUUGUAUGCUUUGUAUGCGUAAGAAAAACAGGAUACAUGUAGUUUCCCCUGUUGUGUCUCCUGUUGUGUCUCGGAAAUUUUGCAGGAUAGAGGAAUCAGCGAUGAAGUACAGUGGUUAUUACCUUACUUUGUAUUGUUAAGUUGUGUUGUUCGCGAGAUGUAUGAAGUAGUGCGGGCUCACAGUUUCGAUAUUUGUUUUUCGAAUGCCGUUCGUCAGCCAAUUAGCGCGCACACAACGACGUUGUACUGCUGUAGCGGAUUGGAGUUUUUUAGAGCACGAUUGGUUGUUAAUUGUUCAUUGUCAGUCUUGUAUUUGUAUCCCUCUCCUCUUGAGAUGCGAGAAGCUUUCCCGCGUUUCUUCUCUCAACUUACGCCGAGGGAGCAAGCAUUGCGCCACAGCGUUCAGUCCUCGUGUUAACGCGUUGUUGGCUCGGCAUUUUGAGACUACUAUAUGCUAUCCAACUGUGAUCUAGUUGGCUCUUUCUCUUCUAGUCUAGUCCAAGGGAGGUAAGAAAAUAUUUUUAUAGUUUUGUCCAGGGUGGCCGAUUUUUCGUACUGAGUCAAACGCUACGAGUUGGCUUGCUAGGCGGUCGGUUGGAUUGUGUCAUGGCAUGGCAAUGUAGGUUUUGUGUUAAGCGCCAAGUGGAUUUCGCCCUGGGGACGUGUUUGGGGGGUACAUCAGUAUUAUCGUAAGGUUUGUGUAUGUACGAUGAGCUUAUUAACGUUUCCAGUGCAGAAGGUAGAAUAUUUGUAGGAAUUUCCCUGGAAGUGAAUCGAUGUCAUGAUGAAGAAGAAACCGUUGCACGCGUGUUCGUCUAGUGCGUGUAAAUUACUCAUGAAAACGCUCGGGAUUCACUCCGUAGCGCAGGUUUAUCGAAUCGCAGAGGUGUAGGUGAAAAAACGCAAAACGUGGGACUACUAGGGUAUAUGCGGCUUAUUUUUAUUGUUGACUUGACUUUUCUUUCUCAGGCCUCACGCAAGGCACGGGGACCUUAGCGUUCUGCUGUUGGCAGAUUACGGGUCCCUCUACAAGGGGGUACAACAGUGCUGGCCCCGGUGUAGCGAUACCAAGUGUCAGGAGGGAGAGUGAUGGUCGCUAUUCAGAGCACGUCGCAGUUGUCGGCGUAGCGGCUAGCACUCUCUCUUAGUCGGGCUGCCAUGCGAUUUCGUGGUCGCUAUUCGGGGCAUGUCGCCGAACCGGGCCCACAAUGGUACAGCAGCAGCAUGUCUUCCAUCUUUCUUGUGAAAGAAAAGACUUAGCGACAAGACUUGUGCGGAUGUUCCCACAGGGACACGUUGUUUUCCUGUAGGUGGGCGCGCGUGGUCUGCGUGGCUGCCGUGCCAGCGUCGGACACAUGUAGAUACAUAUAUAUUUUUUCUUGUUUGGUUACGACCUGGAUAGAUAAUACAUUUGCACGUCUGUCCUUUGCUAUUUUGUUGCCCAGCACCAUGCCGCAAGCAAGGUGUGCAGAACUCCCACGAUCGUCUUACCGUUCAUUUUGAUUCAGAUUUCUUCG